UAACAACCAACCCAGCAAGACGAAAGCAGUGCACUGCAUUAGAGCUUUUCUCCAGGGACUUGCUAGAACCACCUCAUGGACCCCAUAAAUGUUGAUUAAGUACAGCCAGUUCUCAAUUGUGUCAGCACCAAAUGGGGUAGGCUGGGCUAGGGCAAAGGCCACCCCCAAAUCCCCUGCCUUAAUUAGGGUAGCCCUACUUUUAUUGGUUUCCUAUAUUGGAGUUUAUUUAAAGAAAGCUCUUCAAAGCAAUGCUUGAACACAGAUGGAAUACAUGAUCUCCAAAAGCCUUUCCAGGUGCAACACCACGUGGACACGUACUUCGUCUGCUCUUCAAGAACAUUCUGCACUGGCCACAAUGCUCUGCAGCCUCUGGCCCUACGAGGGCUUGACAACCAACUCAGCAGGCAUCUCAUGCUCCAAUCCAGCAGGGUGACGUGGCGGCGGGGAGCCAGCUGGAGCCUGCAGAAAGGGCCUCAAGUUGCUCACUCACGGAAGCGGACCACCAAGUUACAAUGCCCGCAAUCAGAAAUGAGUGAACAAUCAGAAAAAAACAAUUCCAUUCAAGAAGGACAAGGAGAUCACAGUUUUCCUGAGAAAAGCUGUCAAAUUGGACAGAAACAACUGCAACAAAUAGAGCGGCAGUUAAGAUGCUUGGCAUUUCAAAACCCUGGACCACAGGUAGCAGACUUUAAUCCUGAAACAAGGCAGCAGAAAAAGAAAGCACGGAUGUCAAAGAUGAAUGAGUAUUUUUCUGCAAAAUACAAGGUUCUGAGGAAGUACGACAAGAGUGGCAGGUUGGUCUGCAACCAGGCCGACCUGUGCGACUGCUUGGAUCGGAACUGCCUGGGCUGCUUCUAUCCCUGCCCCAAGUGCAACUCCACCAAGUGCGGGCCCGAGUGCCGCUGCAACCGCCGCUGGGUCUACGACGCCCUGGUCACCGAGUCCGGAGAGGUCGUCAGCUCCCUGCCCUUCAGCGUGCCCGACUAGGACAGAUUGUAUCCCCCGCUGGGGCUUAAGUUCCUUAAUCUGUGACUACAUGUGAUGUGACAAUGAAUGGCCGGUAUCUCUCGCCAGCACCCCGAGUCAACUGCGCCUUUGUGUUAAAAAGCGCCUCUUCCCACUUUGCUAAUAAGAUUUGAGAGAAUGUGGCUGUACCAUAUUCAGAACUCGCAACCAAGAGCUUUUCUUACGUAGAAGGUAGAAUCAUAAAUUUGUAAGAUCUAGUUUUCCUUAGAUUUUAUAUGUCAUGAGUUCUAAAUCAAUUGUCAUCUGCAUUCAAAACACAAGCUCUUGUGACUUUGCACUGUAUAUCUAUAUCCACAGCCACAUUUUCUAAUGUUUGUGUUUUAAUAAUGUUAAAAUUAGAUUUGUCAAUGCUUGGUAAUAUUUUUAUUAUUAAAAAUUUGUAUUUUUCUUUCUUUUUUAAAAAAUUAAAUCAUAGCUGUGUACAUUAAUGCAAUCAUCGGGUACAAUGUGCUGGUUUUGUAUUUUACUUAUAAAAUGGAGCAAUUAGGAUUUGAAUAUCCGAAAAGCCAGAGGUUUACAUUUUCUUUUCAUUUCAAGAUCAGUAUUUCAGGAUUUUUUUUUUCAAAGGGAGGAAACUUAAAUUAUUACACAAAAAUGGUUUGUUGUGUGUUUGCUAGUUUAGUGUAUGAUAAGCAGUUGAGCCAAUGUAGUCUUUGCGUUUCCGAUAUGUUGUAGGAGGCGGAUGGAAAGGGAAUUCAGCCUUCUUUGACUUCACUUUGAUGAUGGGUCUUGGUAAUACUGGGUCAGUGGUUCUCAUUCAUUAGUGUGCAGAGAAUCACCUGAAGAACUUGUUAAAACCUAAGAUUCAGCCCCACCCCCAGAGUUUCUGACUCAGUAUGUCAGAAUAGAGCUUAAAAAUUUGCAUUGAUAACACUUUUCCACGUAAUGUUGAUGCCACUAGUGUAAGGACUACACUUUUUUUCUUUAAAUUUGAGACAGUCCCACUCUGUCGCCCUAGGUAGAGUGCCAUGGUGUCCCAGCUCACAUCGACCUCAAACUCUUGGACGCGAGUGAUCCUCUUGCCUCGGCCUCCUGGGUGGCUGGGGCUACAGGCAUCUGCCACAAUUCCAGGCUAGUUUUACUUUUUUUUUUUUUUUAAGUAGAGAUGGGGUCUGGCUCUUGCUCAGGCUGGUGUCAAACUCCUGAACUCAAGCAAUCCACCUGCCUCAGCCUCUUAGAGUGUUAGGAUUACAGGUAUGGGGACUGCACUUUGAGAACUACUUUUGUAAGUUAUAUUAGAUACAUAAUAUAAGGAAGUAUUUAAAUAGAAUAAUUUUGUACAUUUUAGAAAAAGAAGAGCACAUAAGCAGACUUUUCUCGAUUUAUGUUUCCUUCAUAAUUGGUUUCAAAAAUGCUUGUUUCUGUAUAUACUACAUGUGCCAGGGAAGGUUUCUGACUGUUUUGGAUUUGUUAGCUGACAGUAUGUUUUAGGACUAGCAGGGGUCCUCAAACUUUUUAAACAGGGGGCCAGUUCACUGUUCCUCAGACCGUUGGAGGGCCGGACUAUAGUUUAAAAAAAAGACUAUGAACAAAUUCCUAUGCACACUGCACAUAUCUUAUUUUGAAGUUAAAAAAAAAAACAAAACGGGAACAAAUACAAUCAUAACACCUCAUGUGGCCCACGGGCUGUAGUUUGAGGACCCCUGGUAUGUAACCAAAGUCCUAAAAAUCAUGCUGUGAGUUUGCUACUCCUGUCUGUGUAGGAAAAGGGCUUGUAUCCUUUUGCGUCCCUUUCCAUAGAAUUGCCUGGAUUUUCCUGAUUCAUCUCACUUAUACUGAACAUUUACAAUGAGCCAAACAUUGUGCUAAGUGUUUCCAAUUUGUUGCCUUAACCAUCACAGCCCAGUGAAGAUGUGAAAUCAAACCAAGGCACAACCCUUUGAAAUCCUCACCAGACUUGCAACCAGGAAGGCGUGCAUGGGGGGGGGGCCUUCGUCAGUUUAUAUUUUGAGAAUAAUUAUUAUUUUGUAAUUGGUGGAGUAAAUGCAUUGUUUUAUUACUUAUUUACUUUAGAAUUACAUAAUUUUUAAAAUGAAAUCAUAGCUGUGUACAUUAAUGCAAUUAUGGCGUACAAUGUGCUGAUUUUAUAUACAAUUUGAAAUAUUUUCAUCAAACUGGUUAACACGGCCUUCCUGGCAUUUUCUUAGUUAUUGUGUUAAGACAUUCCUAUUCUACUUUUAGUAAAUUACACAUGUACCCUUGUAAGAUGCACUGCAGGUGUAAUCCCACCAAUCACCCUCCCUCCUCCCAUCCUCCCCCUCCCCUUGCCUCCCUCUCCCUUUUUCCCUUCUUCUUGGGCUAUAAUUAGAUUAUAGCUUUCAUAAGAAAGCUAUAAAUUGGUUUCAUAGUAGGGCUGAGUACAUUGGAUAUUUUUUUCUUCCAUUCUUGAGAUACUUUGCUAAGAAGAAUAUGUUCCAGCUCCAUCCAUGUAAACAUGAAAGAGGUAAAGUCUCCAUCUUUCUUUAAGGCUGCAUAAUAUUCCAUGGUGUACAUAUUAAUUAAUAUUCCAUGGUGUACAUAUUAAUUAAUCCACAGUUUAUUAAUCCAUUCAUGGGUCCAUUGGUACUUGGGCUUCUUCCAUGACUUAGCAAUUAUGAAUUGGGCUGCA